CUGAAGUUGACACCACAAAAUUAACCUAUUCCAUGUCUCUAAUCCUCCUUCUGCUCCUUCCUCUCCAAUGAAAUUUUCUGCAUCCGCCCCCCAAUUAUUUGACUAUCAAAUCUCUCUCUGCCGACAUGGCUGCUGCUUUUUAUUCUUUAAUCCUUCUCCUCAUCACCUUCUCCUUGCUUACUUUCCUUCCGCACUCACUCUCCUACUCCGCCGUGUCGAUUUCUGAAUCUUCUAAUCAGACAUUAAUCUGUGCACUCAUACAUCCCCAAAACGAGAAAUCCUUUCUCAAUUGUACUGGUUUUAAGUUUCCUACAACUGCAAGUGGAAGCAAUGGGGGAGGCGGCGGCAUUCAAAUUCCUUUCAACAGGAAUGCUUCUGCUUCCUUCACUGCUCUAGUUGCCGGAGAUGGCUUCUUAUGCGCCUUGAGGCCCCCACCAUCUUCUUCCUCUUCCAAUACUAAUUCUACUUUGAGUUGCUGGAGGUUCUCAGCUAAUGGCACGCACUUGUCCCACAAGCGCAUCUACCGCGGUCCACCUCUCACGCAACUUGUUGCCGGAAAUUCUCACGUUUGCGGACUUAUUCAGAAUGGGACGACUAGUACUCGUAGUCGCCUCCAAUGCUGGCAAUGGCAUUGGUUUCACAAUAGCAGGAUCAGUAGACACGAGUACGGAUUUUCAAGCAUUGCGGUGGGAGAAAAUUUUGUAUGCGGGGUAUCACAAAUCGGAAAGGUUACUUGCUUAGGAAGCAAUUAUAUAGUGGUUGGGAAGGAGCCUAGAGCUGGUGGCAGGAAUGUUUACAAAGCAGUGAGUGCAGGUUUCGGUCAUGCGUGUGCCAUCUCAUUGGUCGAUAACAGUUUGGAUUGCUGGGGAGAAAUGAAGGGUGAGAAACCUCAAGGGAGAUUCACAUCUCUGGCCUUGGGAGAAAACCGUAGUUGUGCUCUCCGGCCUAAUGGAACAGUUGUCUGUUGGGGGGAAAAUAAUUUCAGUUUGCCUGAGACUCUGAAAGGUACUUACUUCACUGCAAUUGAAGCAAAACGCAGCGUCUUCUGUGGAGUUUCAUCAUCCAACUUUUCCUUGUAUUGUUGGGGCAACCCAAUUUUCGAUGUCUCAAACAAUUUCCUGGUAUUCGGACGUGAUGUGAAGCCGGGUCCAUGUACAAGUGAAUGUCCACCAUGCAGCAAUCCAUUGCCAGGCUAUGGUAGAUUCUGUGAACAAGGAUAUCAAGUCUGCCAACCUUGUCAAUAUGAUGAUGAAAAGUUGCCGGUGUCAUUGCCAGUGCCCAUGCCCUUGCCAUCGCCGCCAUCAAAAUCAGGAAGCAGUAAGUGGAACAAAAAAAUGAUUGCUUUUCUUAUAGUGGGUUGUGUUGGGUUCUUAGCUUUGGUGCUGUCGGUAUGUUUCUUUGUGUUCAAGUAUUGCAAAACUAGAGUUGGAGGAUCCCGUGUUCAUGACUCGGGUCCCUUGGAUGAGCAGCCCCAAUUACAAGCCGAGCAAGGUGCAGCUGCAACGGCAGGGCCACCAGUGUUAGAGAAGCGGCUAAGCCAUGUGGUGAGCAUGGGCGCCAAUGGAGCUUCCUUGGAGGAAUUUCCACUGCAACUACUACUCGAAGCCACCUCCAAUUUCUCUGAAGAAAAUAAAAUCGGAACAGGCAGCUACGGUUCUGUCUACUACGCCACAUUAGAUGACGGUCGCCAAGUAGCCAUCAAGCGUGCUGAGACGUCAGUCUCUUCAUCAUACGUUGGUGGCUGCACAAAGCGCCAGCAAGACAACGACAACGCUUUUGUAAACGAGCUUGAGUCCCUUUCACGCCUCAACCACAAGAACUUGGUUCGAUUACUUGGAUUCUUCGAGGAUGCAAAAGAGCGAAUACUCGUGUACGAAUACAUGAACAAUGGCUCCCUCCAUGACCAUCUCCACAAGCUCCCACAUUCGCCUUUGCUCUCAUGGGCCAAGCGCAUCACAGUGGCUCUUGACGCAGCCCGAGGGAUUGAGUACCUGCACGAGUAUGCAGUCCCGCCAAUCAUACACCGCGACAUUAAGUCAUCCAACAUACUACUGGAUGACACAUUAGGGGUCAAGGUAUCCGAUUUCGGCCUGUCUUUAAUGCGGCCGGAGGAUGAAGAGUCGCACCCUUCGCUUGGUGCAGCUGGCACAUUUGGGUACAUCGACCCAGAGUACUACAGGCUUCAACACCUAACGACCAAGAGUGACGUCUAUAGCUUCGGAGUGGUGUUGCUUGAAUUGUUAUCCGGUUACAACGCAGUACACAAAAAUGAGAACGGGAUGCCAAGAAACAUUGUUGAUUUUGCCGUGCCGUACAUUGUGAGCGACGAGAUACACCGGAUUUUGGAUCCAAGAAUGGCAGCUCCAACGCCGUUUGAAAUACAGGCAGUAGCAUAUGUUGGCUACUUGGCAGCGGACUGUGUAAGUUUACAAGGUUGUAACAGGCCAUCCAUGACUUACAUUGUAAGUAUCUUGGAAACAGCGUCGGCUUAUUUUUUGGAACGCCCUUCUCGCUCUCGUUCCAGUUCCACGACUGAAUCUACGUGACGAUGUAAUGGUGCGACAGCAUCGUCAAUUGUUGUUGAGCAAAAACCAUACAUUUUCUUUUCAUUUUUCCAAAUUUUAUGCAUAUAUUGGACUUUUUUGUUUCCUUAA